AUGCCUUCCGCCCUGCCCGGGGGUGUGCCGCUGAACCGUGUGCUGGAGCCGGCAGUUGUCCUACUGCUGAGCUUGCGUGACACUCUUAAGACUGUUUUGUUGAUAACAUUCUUUCCAUUAAAGGGUAAUGGACCAGUGAAAGUUACUGGAAAAAUCAGUGGCUUGGUUGAUGGAGACCAUGGCUUCCAUGUCCAUGAAUUCGGUGACAAUACAAAUGGGUGUACCAGUGCGGGUCCUCAUUUCAAUCCUGAAGGGAAGCAGCAUGGUGGACCAAGUGAUGCAGAAAGGCAUGUGGGAGAUCUUGGCAAUGUGACUGCUAAAGGAGGAGUAGCAGAAGUGGCAAUAGAAGAUUCCAUCAUUUCUCUUAGUGGACCACAUAGCAUCGUGGGACGUACCAUGGUGGUCCAUGAAAAAUGCGAUGAUCUGGGUAGAGGAGGAGAUAAUGAGAGCAAAUUGACUGGAAAUGCUGGACCUCGUUUAGCUUGUGGUGUAAUUGGAAUAGCCAAGAGCUAAGUGUUGUACCUGAAAUGUUUCAGAUGACAGUGGUGAAUGGGCUGUAUUUCAUUGCAACUGCUGUACUUGCCCUUUCUCAUGCAAAAGAUGUAUCACUUAAUCUCAUUACUACUCUGCAUUCUGAGUAUCACUUAAAAUGGUGAAGACUGACUUAAUUUUGUAUGAUGUAUAUUGCAAUUAAAGUGACCCUGAUGGAA